AUGGAUACUUUUGUUAAUAAUUUUAGAAAAACUACCUUUUCCUCAAUCGGUAAAGAUGUAUUUAAUGAAUUUCUUGGUUAUGGAAGACGCGGAUUUGAUAAUGCAAAUGAAUUUGCCAGUCCAAAUUUCGAAUUUCCAGCUUGCCAUAAU